CCAACAGAGAAAAAAAAAAUACCUUGAGAAUAAAGGUAAUGAUUAAUCUAUAAGGCACAAAAAGAAUCGUUUUGGGGAUUUCAGAUUCUAACUUGCUAAGUCAGAUAAACAGCCGUGGACAGGGGAUGACAAUUUCACCAGAAGAGGAUUAAGUCACGGGCUCUAAUUGGGACAGCGUUUGCACAGUCAGAGGACCUCACCAGACAUCUCCAGGAACCUGUGAGCAGUUGUCAAAACUUCCAUUUUCACGUGCGAGUGAAGUAGGGACCAGAAGAAGUGGGUACUGGUGGCGAGAGUGAUCCUUGGAGAAACCUCACGAUGCAGCCUGGGAAGGGAAGAAAGGGGAAAAGCUUCAAGCAAAGGCUGGUCUUGAAGAGCAGCUUAGCUAAAGAAACCAUCUCUGAGUUCUUGGGCACCUUCAUAAUGAUUGUCCUUGGCUGCGGCUCUGUUGCCCAGGCUAUCCUCAGUCGAGGACACUUUGGAGGAAUUGUCACUAUCAAUGUUGGAUUUGCCAUGGCAGUGGUAAUGGCCAUUUACGUGACCGGAGGUGUCUCUGGUGGCCACAUCAACCCAGCUGUGUCUUUUGCAAUGUGUCUCUUUGGACGAAUGAAAUGGUUCAAAUUUCCUUUUUAUGUGGGAGCUCAGUUCUUGGGAGCCUUUGCAGGAGCUGCAGUCCUCUUUGGCAUUUACUAUGAUGGACUUAUGGCCUUUGCCGGUGGAAAACUGCUCAUCGUGGGGGAAAAUGCAACAGCCCACAUUUUUGCAACGUACCCCGCUCCAUAUCUGUCUCUGACAAAUGCGUUUGCAGACCAGGUAGUGGCCACCAUGUUCCUCCUCAUGAUUGUCUUCGCCAUUUUUGACUCCAGAAACUUGGGAGUCCCCAAAGGACUAGAGCCCAUUGUCAUCGGCCUGCUGAUUAUUGCCAUUGCUUCUUCCUUGGGACUGAACAGUGGCUGUGCCAUGAACCCAGCUCGAGACCUGAGUCCCAGACUGUUCACUGCUUUGGCAGGAUGGGGGUUUGAGGUCUUCACAGCUGGAAAUAACUUCUGGUGGAUUCCGGUAGUGGGCCCUUUGGUUGGUGCUGUGAUUGGAGGCCUCAUCUAUGUUCUUGUCAUUGAAAUCCACCACCCGGAUCCUGACCCAGACUUCGAGACAGAACCAUCUGAGGACAAACCAGAUAAAUAUGAACUUAGUGUGAUAAUGUAGUCGUGUGCUCAGGUUGGGUUUACAAUGGGCUGCACUAGUAUUCUCAUCAGAAAAGAUGGCAUCCAGGUGUCUGUGUUUUCAUAAGAGUAGGAUGGAAUCCAGCCAAUUUUCUCUGCUAGCCAUGUGAGGCACAUAAUUGUAAACGCAUUCAAGUCAAAGUUGGCAAAUGCUGACCUCUUCUUCACCGGUUUCCCCCAGAAUAGCACUGACUGUCCCCUGAAAUAGCCUUAUCUCCUGCUCUAUUUGUUUCAUCCUUUGAUGGGAAUCCUUAUUACUAGGCGAGCACCGAUAACUUAGAACCUUGACCGUGGACUUAUUUGGAUGAUCUCAGCUGCACUACCCAUAUGUAAUAGCAUUAUGAAAGCUUUGUUUUUCCGCAAAGAUUAUGUUUUGAGUAUCAACCAAAACUAAAUUGAAAGACAAAACAGUGAUUUCAGUUAAUAUAACCAUGAAUUAGGGAGCCAGUAGGUCAACUGUGCGGUUACAUUCUGCCACUAUAUUUGUGUAAAUACAGAUACUCCUCAAACCUAGGGAUAUGCGAAACAGUAGAAUACAGCUAGAAAGCACAGGGGAAGGACACUGUGGCAUUCAGAAACCUCAGGAGACAAGAUAAAUUUGGGAAACCAAAUGGAAUUUUUUAAUGGAAACCAUUUAUCAGAUUAAUCUCUUGCUCUUUGCAUUUUAGAGGGCGCCAAUUAAUUUUCUUGUCUUUAGUAUAUAAUAACCUAAAAUACAGCCGUAACCUCAGUCAUGAAAAUUACAUCACCCUAUAUUUUUAACUCAAAUGCAUUUUCCUAAUUGUCCACUUGAGGACAGACAUUUGACAAGUUAAGUCAAUGGCUGCACUCAUCCAUUAUUCUACCCGUGCCCUAGAAGCCAAAACAGGAAGCCAUGGGAUCCUGGUCUAGUGGAAUCUUCAGGAGAGAAGGACCCCAGAAAGAUAGUGUUACCUUAUUGGGCUUUACCAUUCACAAAAACACUUUCCCGUUUAUUAUCUCACUUAAUCCUCAUAUUGACUGUCCAAGGUAAAUGCGGUGCUGCCCAUUUAUUCAGACAAGGAAACAAAGUCUCAGGGAAGUUGAGUGAGUUGCCUAAGGUCACAUGGAAAGUCGAACCUCAUCUAAUGCAUCCUACACCUUUCAGAAGAUCAAUAACUAGUCAAGAAUCUCGGCCAGCCCUCCUUGGCUGGCCAGAAGACAUGGCGCUGGCAGCGGCCAGAAUGUGUCCACCUUCUGGAUAUAAUGUUCCUGGGACCCUAAAAUAUAAAGACCUUCAUCGUGUGGUUUUA